UCUUCCAUUUUAUUGAAUAGCACCCUCCGAGAAAACCAACAAGAAAAUAAAACGAACUCAGCACUUUUUUCUCAUAACCCAAACAGACCUCAUCGUGGAUUCUCACGAAACUUGUUUCGUUGAAAGAUCUCUACAAGGGAUCAGUGUGUUCUAAAAGCUCGCCCUUUUAUAUGUCCGAAUCGAAGUUGGUAAAGGUGUACUGUUGUACAUGAAAGUAUGGAUUUUCGAAAGUGCACGUCUGUCGUUGAUGCACCUUCCAUGAGUAUGGCACCUUUGAAUUUUGUCAAUAAGGACCAUGCAAAGGCUCAAUUUGAAGAACAGGAGACGGUUGCUGAUCACGCUGCUGUUGCAGAUGUAGAUAUUGACCAUAGAGAAGUUUACUUUUUGAUUAUGCAUUUUUUAUCAGCUGGGCCAUGUCAGAGAACUUUUGGACAAUUUUGGAAUGAACUUCUGGAACAUCAGCUACUGCCUAGGAGAUAUCAUGCUUGGUACUCAAGGAGUGGUGCACUUAGUGGGCAUGAAAAUGACAAUGGUGUCUCUUUUCCUUUAAGUUAUAAUAAAUUAGUUGAAAGGUAUCUGCACAUUGAAAAGGAUCACUUGGUAAAGCUGUUGAAACAACUGAUACUGAAUGCAGCCCCUUCAUUGGAGAGCAUGGGUGGAAUGAGUGCUCUAACUGCAGUUGACGUUCCUACACUGCUUGGAACUGGUCCCUUUUCACUUGUGGGUUCUGGCAGGAAUGAAGAAAACAAGCAAGUCAAUCCUGUGCCUGCAUACUUGCGUUGGCCUCACAUGCAGGCUGAUCAGGUGCGUGGACUAAGUUUGAGAGAAAUCGGAGGUGGUUUUCCAAAACACCAUCGUGCUCCAUCUCUUCA